UACGCUUACUUCUUUAUUGCUUACUGCCAUUGUAGACGACGCUUAACGCUACUAUAUAGAUUGCAGUUGUAUCAUAUCAAUAUCAAGGCUACGUUCAAGGCUAGGAGCGAGUUAUCAGCACUCUCAGUGUAUUUUAUUUUUGUUAUAUAUAAUGAAUGAUAAAUAUGGAAUGAUGUUUUAGAGAGUACGAAUAACGCUGAUAAUAUGUUCUCAAAACAAAUAUAUGUCACGUGAUUACGAGCCACUGCCUAUCACUCCGCAUCACUUCCCGAUUCACUCGAUAACUUGAGAAGUAUGGUAUCAUGUGCACCAAAAUAUUCAGUUGCUCCAUGAGAGCAUUUUGCAAGUUCGUGAUGCCAAAACCCAUGUUUUCGUACAAUCGGCAACUAUCAUCGAUGACCACCAAAUCCCGUCAGAUAGAGGAACAAAAAGUAAAAAUAAAUGGCAUUGAUAUAAAUUAUGCCAAAGUCGGCACAGGUGAUCAUCCGGUGUUGUUAUUACCUGGCGCUUUAGGGACAAUCUGGACUGAUUUUAAGCCGCAGAUUGAAAAUCUUGAUGCAGAUAAGUUAGUCAUAGUAGCGUGGGAUCCACCUGGUUAUGGAAAAUCGCGACCACCCGACAAAAUGUUCCCGGACGAUUUCUUCCAGCGCGAUGCCGUUUUGGCCCAUGACCUGAUGAAGACUUUAGGCUACAAGAAAUUCUCUCUGAUCGGUUGGAGCGACGGCGGUAUCACGUCGCUCCUACUUGCCUCAACAUAUCCUGAGAGCAUUUGGAAGAUGGUUGUUACGGGUGCUAACGCGUACAUACACCCGGAUGAGAUGAAAUUAUACGAAAAGGUCAGAAGUAUUGACACGUGGUCGGAGAAGAUGAGAACACCUAUGAUAAAAGCGUAUGGUGAGGAUUACUUCAGGAAGACCUGGUCCGAUUGGAUAGACGCCAUGCACAAGUUGUACGAGAAGCGGAACGGUGACGUGUGCAAACAGGUUUUACCGAAGAUAAGAUGCCCGACGUUGAUCGUUUACGGGGCCAAAGAUAUGAUGGUCCUGCCGGAACAUUCGGAGUAUCUGAAACAAAACAUUGCCAAUUCGAAACUGCAUAUAUUCGAGAAGGGCGCACACAACCUUCACUUGAGAUAUGCCGACGAGUUCAAUAAACUGGUGACGGAUUUCCUCCUGGAAAAAUCGAAGAUAUGAUGCGCUCGAGCGAUGUGAUAAAUGUUUAAGGUAUAAUGAAAAUUAAAUCUCAUAAAUCUCGUAACAAGGCAUUAUACGGUGACGUCUAUCUAUAUCACGUUUAUUAUUAGAUUGUAUUAUUUAUGAUUGCAUGAAUUAUACAGGCGUAGGCAUAAUAA